UUUAUUUGUGUGAAACACCGCAUUUUUUGUGACGUCGUCAAAGUUUACAAACAUUAAUGUAUCAGCUCGAGUACGGCGACGGAGACAUAGAUAUAUAUAUAAAGUCUUAGUGGUGAAUCUGCCGCUUUGUUUGCGAUGUACCGUCGCUUUACGUUACAGUAGCUUCAAUUGUUAGCUCGGUGUUGUGUCAUAGCUGGUUCCCCUUUCGAAUAGUGUUUUUCCUCCUGUCAAAAAAUGCGUAGCACCCCCCCUCCGUGGUUAGGUACGGUUCAGGUUUAGUUAGGGGGGAAUUUAGCCCGAUAACGUUAGCCAGGUAAACCUAGUUAGGCCAGUAACAACGUAAGCCCGGUAACGUUAGCCCUGUAACAACAACGUCGGCCCGUUUCCUGCGCUCAUUUGUAACGUUCACGUUCAGCAUGGAGCAGCCAGCCAGCGUCAACGCAGAUCCUGUUCAACGGUCUGACAGUACCGCCGGUCGCUGCACACAAUGGCGAAACUGGAGUGGAUUCUGGCUCCUCGGAUUGUGCAACAACUUUGCUUAUGUGGUCAUGCUGAGCGCCGCCCAUGACAUCCUCACAAAACAAGAGACAGCAAACACCACGGCAUCUACUUCAGCCACGUUGGCCAUGGAUUUCCAAGGUGGGAACAGUAGCAACAGUAGCCGCUACGACUGCAAUCCUGUCUCUACUGCGGCUGUGCUGUUAGCUGACAUCCUCCCAACGCUCGUCAUCAAGUUGUCUGCUCCUUUUGUGAUCCACAAACUGCCUUAUGGCUUCCGAGUGCUGUUCUGCGCCAUCAUGGCAGCAACAAGUUUCCUCCUCGUGUCCUUCUCCUCAGCUGUGUGGAUGAGCAUUCUAGGAGUGGUCUUUGCCAGUAUCAGCGCUGGACUGGGAGAGCUGUCCUUCCUCUCUCUCACGGUCUACUUCAGCAGGGAUGUACUGGGAGGCUGGGGCUCAGGUACCGGUGGCGCUGGUGUUGCUGGAGCCUUCCUCUACUCGGGCCUCACCCAAAUCGGCCUGUCGCCCCAGAUCACGCUUCUCAUCAUGCUGGUGGUCCCGUGUGCUAUGUUGUGCAGCUAUUUCUUCCUGCUGGUUCUUCCACCUUCAUUACCGCAGUGGAAAAGCCGGGAUACCGAAUACGCGGCCGUGGGCUCCGAGGAUAGACGGCGGCUGAUGGAUGAUUCAGAGGAAGAGGAGCAGGAGAAAUCAACCCCAGAGGAGAGGACCGCCGGACCUCUCACCCUCACAGAGAAACUUCAUGUCAUCAAAGGCUUGCUGAGGUUUGUGCUUCCCCUGGGACUGGUCUACUUCGCCGAGUACUUCAUCAACCAGGGCUUGAUGGAGCUGCUGUAUUUUCCCAAAUUUUCUCUGUCCCAUGCAGAGCAGUACCGCUGGUACCAGACGCUGUACCAAGUUGGUGUGUUGGUGUCUCGAUCCUCCCUGUGCUGCUUCAAGUGCAGGAAACUGUGGACUCUCUCUUUGCUGCAGGUGCUGAACGCAGUGCUGCUCCUGUUGGCAGUGAGUUACCAGUUCCUGCCCAACGCCUGGCUGGUGUUCCCGAUUGUCUUCUAUGAGGGUCUGCUGGGUGGAGCUGCGUAUGUCAACACCUUCUACUUCAUCAGCAAGGAGACUGAAGACAGACAGAGGGAGUUUGCCAUGGCUGCUGCCAGCGUAGGAGACAGUCUGGGCAUAGCUCUGGCUGGACUCGCUGCCUUCCCAGUCCACAGACACUUCUGUUCCCUGUGACCUAGCCCACACUCACACACACAGCAGGAUGAAAAAGCAAGACAGAGAGAGCGCCAAGAGAGAGCCGAGAGGAGAAGAAUCGCUUUGUGACCGGCACAUAGAAAUAUGUGUCCGGUAUGAAUGGCCAGGCGUGGAAUCAGGCACGUAUCUCUGCUACACGGGCUAUUCGGCGCCCGGUGUGUUUUCACUGUAAGAAGGAUUUUAAAAUGGUUGGGUCUGUACAGAAGAAUGAGUCUCAGCCACCGAUGAAGUAGAACUUAAAUCGUGUUUCUAAGCCAUAAUUCGCAAUGUAUUCAUCCGCACACCGUGUCUUCAUUUCAGUUUUAUGUUCUAACGAGAUAAAUGAUCACGUUUGUAUGUUGUAAUGUGAAAAUAUCUUAUUACAAUAAAACUUUUCACGUAAUAACGUGAUACUGAUACGUUUUUUUUAAUUUUCUGCAGUGGCAGCACGACGCUUCCGUAUAAAUCAGUCCAGCCUACAAAUUAAUUUUAAAAUCUUUAUUUGGAUAUAUGGCAACAUACCUCCUGCAGUAAUUCUAUCACAAAUUCACUGACAGAGACCCAAGACAGUUACUCAGUGUAAUGAAACAUGACAUCAUCCAUAGCAACUGGGGUCACAAGACACAUCUAGCUAGAAACUUUUAGUUCUUUUUAGGAGUCCUCCUAAUGGUAAGAUAACAUGGUUUGUGAAUACAGGCCCAAAGCUUUAAAGUGCUAAUUAUUUUAUUAUUAUGAAGUCUGUAAAAAGGUGUAACAAAAGACUAUAAAAAAAUGUUCUUGGGGUAUGCCUGUAAACAUUGUUAACUUUUUUGCUCCAAAAAUAUCAGUUUUCCUGUUUUCAAACCUGGUUUAAUAUGUGUGUAUUGGAGUAAUUAUUAUAAUAUUGUACUUUGUCCCUGUUUUCUACACAUUCCUACUGAAAUUGUAACCGUCAACAUUUUGUAUUAUGCUGCUAUUGUCAUAACUUUGUUACAUCUUACUGAUUGUGUUUUUAAGCUUGUGCUUGUUUAAUCAAAUGUCUUGUUUACCAAAGGUUUGGAAGUGGCAGGGAAAAUGGUUUAUUAUGUCAAAUAAAAAAAGAAAAUCAA